GUACCAGCAGAGUUUUUUAACUAUCGUCUUUUGUUUGUGGGCUGUUGGGCACCUGCGGCCGCCUUGAUUCCCCUGUUCGUGUUUCCGUUUUCGUCCUCUCUCUCUUCACUUUUCGUGGUGCAGUCGUCAUGUCCUUCACGCUUGUUGCCUGCUCCGACAUUCGAGCCCAAAAGGUAAACCUCGAGCUUCCUUUUGAGCGCCCGCCGCCUUCCGUUGAGGUGCUGCGCGAUGUCUUGGAGAGCGUGUUCCGCCGGGAGGAGGAGGUCAUCAAGCGCGACAUGGGCUACACCGACGUCCGCCCAUGCGAGCCCUUCACCAUCAACCGUCUGCAGCGCUACGACGACGACACGCAGAGCUGGUCGGAAAUCACAUCCAUUGACAUGCUGCAGACGUACGAUCAGCUCUACGUCUUCCGCAAGAACAGCACCAAGGCGGAUAUCUCGACGCAGCGCGAGUUGCCCGCUCCCCGGCCGUCGGCGUUCUUUGAUGAUCCCACCGCGACAACCUCUGCGGUGCACGCGCGUGGUGGCAGCCGUGGUGGUGUGGCCCCGUCGGAGCCGCCCACGCAGACAUCCUUCCACACACCCCGCGCAGGUAACCGCCCUGGCGCGAAUGGCGACUACAACGGCAGCCGCCACGACGUCUCCCCGGCCAGCCAGCCUCGCGUCAGCGCAGGUGGGAGCUCGUAUGCGGUGGCACCUUCGGCGCUGCCGUCCUCGUCCGGCCGUCCCUCUGGGCGUUAUGAUGGCGCGAAUGGCGCAGCAGUGGACGGCCCCGAUGCCUAUUCAGCUUCUACCGCGCUGCCCGGUGUGGGCCGUACGUCGACUGGGGCGGCCGGUGCUGAUGUCGGUGCUGCGCCGUCGCCGUCGUCGUAUUACUACCGGGAGCGCACCACACCGGAGCGGGUCGAUUUUCUUUUCCGCCUCGGCAGCCAGCCAAACGGCGGCACCGCGUUGACAGAGAAGACGUUCGAGCGCGUCUUCCACCUGGCCAACGUGGCGUUCCCGGUGGAGGUGCAUCAGGAUUUGUUCCAGCACUUUGCGAACGGCGACGGCGGCCGAGGGCAGGCCAGUGGGACGAUGAACUACGAGGGAUUUCAAGAGUUUGCCACCUACUUCCCCGUUCUGAUCAACAUCACCUACCAGCGCAUCACGAACCAGGAUCGCGAGGAGGGCAUCCGCAAUGCGCAGCGCGACAACGCCAAGCAGCUCGAGCAGGCCCGGCGGCAGGUCCAGGAACUGGAGUCACGAUUGGCAGCAGCGCGCAAGGCGGCACAGGAGGGGGAGCAGCGUCACGCACGUCUGCAGGAGGACCUCAGCGACAUCGCUGUGCAGCGAGACCCUAAUUACUGUCGUGAUGAGCAGAGGCUGCUGGACAAGGAAGUCAGCGUCUUCAAGUACCGCGAGCGCCUUUCACGCGAGGAGCAAGAUUACGAGCGUCUGGCUGUCGAGCGACGGAAGCGCGCCGCGGCAGCGUCUGCGCGCACGCGGUCGAACUCGCCGCAGGGCGCCUACGACCCAAACCGCUACGGUCCUCGAGAUUGA